UAAAGCCUCCGCCUCUUGCCGGCCAAACUCGUUGUGGCUCAGCUUCUUCCACUUCCCUCUUCACUCCUGCAGGUACUAGCUCCAAGGACAACAAGUACCCACUACUCCGCAUUUCAGCACAUCGUGAAUUCCUGUGUACUAGAAGAAAAGCGAACAUGUUCACCAAUGACCAGAGGCAAGAAGAGCGAACUGGAAGAUAUGGAACCCCAAGACUGCAAUACCUUCAGGAAUUGGUGACUCAGUUUCAGAGCGCAACUGAAGAUGAGACAAAAGAGAAAAUCGUGGCAAAUUUGGCGAACUUUGCCUAUGAUCCUUACAAUUAUAAUUUCUUGCGUCAGCUCAAUGUUUUGGAACUUUUUCUGGACUGCUUAACAGAACCCAAUGAGAAGCUUGUGGAAUUUGGAAUUGGAGGGAUAUGCAAUGCUUGUGCAGAUCCGACCAAUUCUAAUAUUGUUACUCAGUGUGGUGGCAUUCCUCUUGUCAUUCAAUGUUUAUCAAGCCCAGUUAGGAACACUGUGAAUUAUGCACUUGGAGCUCUUUACUAUCUAUGUAACGGAUCUAACAAGGAAGAGGUUUUAAAGCCAGAAGUAGUCGAUGUUAUCAAGAGAUAUGCAGAUGCUGAAACGGUUAGUGUGAGCUUUAGUAAUCUAGCUAAAGCUUUUUUGGACAAACAUGGAUCUGUGAACUUGCACUAGCUUGGUGCUUAUAAUACUAAUCUAAUUUGGAAAAAUGAGCCACUUUACUCUUUUU